ACGAACAUAAGACAAACAAAUCAGCACAAAAUCUCUAGAAAAAUGGCCCAGCUAAUCAAAACCUGCUUCCUGCUCUUGGCUUUCACCAUCAUCACAGCUUCACUAUUUGCUGACAAUGCCAGUGCAGAUUGCGACAACGACUGGACUCAGCUGAGCGACAAGUGCACUGCCUUUGCGAAGAAAGGCAUAGAGCCAACGCUCCCAUCGGACGACUGUUGCCAGACUAUUGCACAGGCUGACCUUGUCUGCGCAUGCUCGAAGGUUACUCCUGAUACCGAGAACAAUAUUAGCGUGCCUCUGGCGAUCAUGGUGGCUAGCUUCUGUGGUCAUUCUCUGCCUCAUGGAACUCACUGUGGAAGUGUUGUGGUUCCAUAGGCUCCACGACAGAAUGCGCGAAGAAUAAGAUGAUUGUGAUGAAUAAUAGAUAUGCAGAGAAUAAAAGGUUGCUCAUGUAUGAACGACAUUAAUUAGUAGAUUUGACUGUAUUAAUCAUCUUUACACGAUUCUUCUAUGGCAGUGAAAUGGAUGAAUUGAAAUAUAUUACCUUAUUGUGAUUUGUGUA